GCCGAGCCGGCGGGGUCCCGGGCUGAGGAGGCCGGGCCGGGGGUCCCGGCAGCGGCGGAGCCAUGACUCUGGAGUCCAUGAUGGCCUGUUGCCUGAGCGACGAGGUGAAGGAGUCGAAGCGCAUCAACGCCGAGAUCGAGAAGCAGCUGCGGAGGGACAAGCGCGACGCGCGCCGGGAGCUCAAGCUGCUGCUGCUGGGCACUGGGGAAAGUGGGAAGAGCACAUUUAUUAAACAGAUGAGGAUAAUUCAUGGCUCAGGCUACUCUGAAGAGGACAAAAGGGGCUUCACCAAGCUGGUGUACCAAAACAUCUUCACUGCCAUGCAGUCCAUGAUCAGGGCCAUGGAGACCCUGAAGAUCCUAUAUAAGUAUGAACAGAAUAAGACCAAUGCACUGCUGAUUCGGGAAGUGGACGUAGAAAAAGUCUCAACCUUUGAGCAGCCAUAUGUAAGUGCAAUUAAGACAUUGUGGACUGACCCUGGAAUCCAAGAGUGUUAUGACAGGAGGCGAGAAUAUCAGCUCUCUGACUCAGCUAAGUACUACCUUAGUGACGUGGAUCGAAUCGCAACCCCAGGAUAUCUGCCAACCCAGCAAGAUGUGCUACGGGUUAGAGUUCCUACAACAGGAAUAAUAGAAUACCCCUUCGACCUAGAGAAUAUUAUCUUCAGAAUGGUGGAUGUUGGGGGUCAGAGGUCAGAACGAAGGAAGUGGAUCCAUUGCUUUGAAAAUGUGACCUCCAUCAUGUUUUUAGUAGCCCUUAGUGAAUAUGACCAAGUUCUAGUGGAGUCUGAUAAUGAGAACCGGAUGGAAGAGAGUAAAGCCCUUUUUCGGACCAUUAUCACCUACCCGUGGUUCCAAAAUUCUUCAGUCAUCCUCUUCCUCAACAAGAAAGAUUUGUUGGAAGACAAGAUCCUGUACUCCCACCUUGUUGACUAUUUCCCAGAGUUUGAUGGGCCGCAGAGGGAUGCUCAGGCAGCCCGGGAGUUCAUCCUCAAGAUGUUUGUGGAUUUAAACCCAGACAGCGACAAAAUCAUCUACUCUCACUUCACAUGUGCCACAGACACGGAAAACAUCCGUUUUGUCUUUGCUGCCGUCAAGGACACCAUCCUACAGCUCAACCUGAAGGAGUACAACCUGGUCUGACCUGCUCUGCCCCUCGCCCCCUUGGGGGGCCUCCUUGUGAAGAAAAGACAAAAAAAGAAAAAUUUAAAAAUUUACAGGAAAAAAAUCUUAAUUUUUAAUGAUGUAAUGAUUGCAAAUUGUCUGAUCUGUGGAGUGGCGAAUUUGCUCAGUGUUAUCCUGGAGUCUCAUGUCUCUGUCCACAGAGUAGUUGAUUUCAUAUUUUUUAACAAAUUGCUUUUAUUUCACAGUUAACGGGGGGGAUACACCUCACUCUUCGGCACCUUGUUCACCUCUUAAUUUUUGCCUAAGCCAAGGCAGCCUCAUCUUGGGCUUCACUUUGUCACUUAGCCGCUUCUAUUUCCCUUUUCACUCCCGUGGUCUAUAUAGAGAUCUAUAACUUUUUUCUGGCCAAGAUUGUAAAUUCACUGGACUGUGGGAGUGUGGAAUGCUACUGGUCCCUUUGCCUUGUGCCAUAGGGUGCCUCUGGUGUAAUUAUUAAUCCUGCUUGCUUUUUGUUCCCACCCUGCCCUCCCCAAGGACACGCCCCAUGGGUCACUGUGAUGAAAUGUUGGGGAGGAACAAUUGCUCUCCAUCUAUAGCAAAAAACCCACAACAACAACAAAGCCAUCACAUUUCCUUUCUUUGUACCGUGUAGUCUGGGUUACUUUUUUUUCUUAUCAAUUAUAAAAGGUAUGGAGACUGUGAUUAUUAUUAUUAUUAUUUUUUUUUUAAAUUAUUGAUGUUCUAUACAUAGUUUGCUACGUAUUGCUGUGUUUUGUUCAUGGACUUUCAAUGAUGGGAGCUCUUGGAGCAAUAGCUGCUGAGCCAGGGGAGAAGUGCCUGACUGUGUUGUUAGUAUUUUUAAAAGUAGGCUCAAGUUAUGGAAAGAAACUUACACUCCACUCAGAGUGAAAGGCAUUAAGUGAGCGACUUCUCUACGCAGCGAAGAUCAGAAGCUCACUGCGUAAUUUUGUGGCAUUUAAACACCAAAUUUUUCUGAUUGAAGACCUGAGGUGUCACAUGCCACGCUUCGGUUCUCUUGCGUGCUGUGAAGAGCAAGGAAAUCCUCAUCACGUUUUGUGUCAGCUGUGUGCAUUUGUAAGGGUGCUUCAUUCCUGCCCAGCUCGCAAAUUGCCUAGAAGGGACCAGAGUUGGGUGACACGGACUCUGGGGUGUGGGGAAGAUUCUUACUGCUUGAAAAGAUUGUGAAAAGUUUUAGGAGGAGUUGGGGAGUUCUAUUACUAUUUUUCUGUCUGUGCUCUCCCUGAGACAGAUGCUGCUGUGGUUUUUCUUUAGAGGAGCAUGGAUUCUCUUUGGAGCACUUGCACAGAUAUUUGCUCCAGAGGUGCAGGGUGCCUGGUAAUUGAGAGUACAGCAGCCACUUCUUAGUGUAUUGCUGAAGUGAGAAUCCUGGGACAGGACGGACAGCAGGCUAGUACAGGGGAAGGCAGCUGGCUUUCUUGGUACAGGUGUUACUCAGAAUGGAUUCUAGGUGCCAUAUUGAAUUCCACUCAGCUGAGGGCUUCAAGCCCUUCUGUCUCAUUUUAUAGGCUUCCAGAAGCUCAGGUGACUGAGUAAAUGUACCAAAGCUCUGCUGCCUCUUGUAUCUGCCUAGUGGAAGACUGCAAUGGCAAGGCAAGCAGUGAGUAAGAAACAGCGGCAUCUGUCCCACCUCUGACAUAUGUGAAAUAUGGGCGACACUAAUAGUUCUAUUACAAUUCCAACGAGUAGCAUUGGGUCCAAAUUCUCUGGAUAACCCAGACACGGCUUCAGUUGCUUGUAGCCUGCUGUUGGUCUCGUAAGGCUAACAAAGGCCCUAAUCUCCCAAGCUGCACGGUUGAAGGGUGUGUCCAAUAUUUUGUUGUCUCAUUUGUAGACUGAGCACUACAUCGGUGUUUUGCACAAAAUGUAAUGAAAUUGAACUGCCCCAGAUGCGUUUGAUGUGUAACACUAAAUCUGGAGUUCACACUACUGUCCAGUCGUUCUGUUUUAGGGCUCCCUCCUGUUUUCCAAAACCGGAGACGGAAGACUGCUGUAUUUAACAGAGCACUACAGAAGAAAGAGAGCUCUUGGAAAUGCCUGGCCGUGUCAGAGAGCUGGUAUUGCAGUAAUAGCCUUGGGACCAACAAGUAGAGAACCUGGGUCUGGCUGAGAGUAGGGCAGCAGCUGCUUGUAGAAUCGCUACAUUCCUGAUCCUGCCUAAUGUUCAGGAGAAACAAGGGAGGGAUUCUCUCGUAUGCCAGACAGCUUUGCACCAAUUUUACCGUGUUUUUGUCUUGAUGCCAAAACUAUCCUUUUUGUCGAAAGUAUUCUAUGAAGAGGAUUUUAUAAUCGUCUUGGGUCUAUUCUAAAUGCCAUUCUUCUGGAACAUACGGUGUGCCAGUCCUCCUGCUUCCCUGAUUUUGUGAGUGGUUUGCACUGCAUCCAAUUGCCGGCGGUGGACCUGGCGCUAAGA